AUGGAUCCAUCCAAGGUUGAAGCCAUCCUGAGUUGGCCAGCACCUACCAAUGCAAUUGAGGUAAAAAGUUUUAAUGGCUUGUGUAGUUUCUAUAGAAAGUUCAUUAGAAACUUUAGUGGAAUUUGUGCUCCACUCAUAGAGACCAUAAAAGGUGGAAGGAAAUGUGUGUUUGUAUGGACCAAUGAAGCUAGUAGGUCAUUUGAGACAUUGAAAAGGAAGAUUGCAGAACUUCCCACCCUUGUACUUCUAGAUUUUCAUAAAUUCUUUGUGGUAGAAUGUGAUGCUAGCAAUAGAGCUAUUGGAGGAGUCCUAAGACAAGAAGGGAGGCCAGUAGCCUUCUUUAGUGAAAAGUUUAAUGAGGCUACAAAAAAGUACUCUACCUACGACCUUGAACUCUAUGCUAUGGUCCAAGCCUUGAGAAAAUGGAGGCACUACCUACUCCCUAAGGAAUUUAUUGUGUUCACAGACAAUCAUGCUUUGAGUUUUCUAAAUAGGCAAGAGAAACUUCAUCAUAGACAUGUUAAAUGGAUGGAAUUCUUACAAUCUUAUACUUUUACCAUAAAACAUAAGAAAGGUGUUGCUAAUAAGGUUGCUAAUGCUUUAAGCAGGAGGAGUUUAACCAUCCAAGAAGUUCAAUUGGAAAGUGCAGGUAUACACACAAUAAAGGACAUGUAUGCUACAGAUGAUGAUUUCAUGGAAAUCUAUAAGAGGGCCAAGGGCCAAACAUCUAAUGCAGGAUUAUAUACACAAUUACCUAUCCCUUCAAAGCCAUGGGAUUCAGUAAGUAUGGACUUUGUGCUUGGUCUUCCAAGAACCAAAUCUGGUUAUGACAGUGUGAGUACAGGUAUGACACCUUUUCAAGUUGUUUAUGGUGUACACCCUAGAGGGAUAAUAGAACUCAGAGAUGUUAGUCAUUUGGAGAAGAAGAGUGCUUUGGCUAAAGAUUUUGUAGAGGAGAGGUUACCUAAGGAGAAAUAUACUAAGUUGCUGAUGAAGAAGCUUGGUCCUUGCAAGAUCCUCAAGAAGUGUGGCAACAAUGCCUACAAAGUGGACUUACCUUCUUCUAUUGGUUUGUCACCUAUUUUUAAUGUUGCUGACUUGUAUCCUUAUAAAGGAUCUGUAGAUGAUGUUUUUGUUGCAGGUGAAUCAGAUUUCCAGCAAGAUGAGUCAUUCAAAAAGAUAUCCCAGCCAUCCAUGUUAGAGAUUGAGAGCAUUCUUGACAAGCGGGUGAUCAAACAUACAAGGAGGGAAGUGUAUUAUGAAUACUUGGUCAAAUGGAAACACCAACCCAUGGAGGAAGCCACAUGGAUGACUAAGGAGUCCAUUGAAAAGGUAGGGUUUCAAUUUGAGAGCAUUGCAACUCAAGGGACUUGA